AUGGCUACUGCGGCUCUCAAGAUGGCUGCCAUAUGCAUGCUGCUCCUGACCACUAUGGGCCAGCUGAUGGCAGCUGCUAGUGCGUCGGCGCCGCUGGUGCAGGCGGACGCCGCGCCUACCGCUCGCCGGCUGCUCUCGGCGGACCAUGAGCGCUCAGCCUCCGAGAAGACGGGCCCCUGCCCCUGCUUGCCGCCACCAAUGUUUUCACCAGUGUGCUGCAGGGGUUUGCAGAAGGCGGGAGACUGCCCCUGCACCCCAUGGACACCACACUGCUGCUCCGGUUUGCAGAAGGCGGGAGACUGCCCCUGCACCCCAUGGACUAUGUGGUGUUGCUCCGGUUUGCAGAAGACGGCGGAGAACUGCCCCUGUCACCCCGUGACUCCGUGGUGUUGCUUUGGCGCCGGCAGCGCUGCCACAAUCUGA